CGGCCUGUUCGGCUCGUCCCAUCUACCCUCGAUCUUACUGCAGGUCCAAUCCGUGUCAUCACCGGGGCUAAGGUCCACAUGUUCACGGUCCACAGGAAGCUGUCCUGGCCAAGACCCGCUCAGGUCUUCACCACGUGUAUCCCAACCCAAACCCAGAACCUUUCUGUUACUGAACAAGUAUUCCGUCUCACAUCGACAUUUGAUCCGACCCAAAAUAACUGUUCGAAAUCAGCCCCCACCAAAUUAACUGUUCGAAAUCAACCCCCACCAAAUUAACUGUUCGAAAUCAACCCCCACCAAAAAAACCGCACCGCCAAAUGAACAACAGCACUGGGCCCCUGAUAGCCCUGCUCGCCCGAAAUGUCCAGCUGAUGCAGGAGCCCGCCGACGUGCGCCUCGAGCUGCCCGGCGGGAGUGGCGUCGUGGCAGCACACCGCGGCGUGCUCGGCCGCGUGUCGCACUUUUUCGCCACCAAAUUCGCGCCCGAGGGCACGUGGGCGGGCGCGUCGUCGGCGGCCAUCCAGCUCGACAACACCCUAAACCUCGACCCCGUGGCGCUGUGCCGCGCUCUCGUCUGGUGCUACAACCCCGCCGCGUCGUCGCCCGUGAUUCCCGGCGCAAAGCGCGUCGGCGGCGGCGGCGAGCAGCCCCCCGCGCUGCUGCGUGCCAGGAUGCGCUGCCACCCCACCGCCCUCGGCGAGACGCUGCAGCUGUACCUCGCUGCGCACCAGUUGGGGAUUCCCACGCUCAAGGAGGCCAUCUUGGGCGACUGGCGCCGCGAGAAGCGGUGCUUGGUAUUUGAUGAUUGGCAGGUUUUGGACUUGGGCGCGCUGGCGGUCAUGACGGCCGUGCUGCCGCGGGAGGAUCCCGUCUGGGCGGAGAUUGAGAGAGGCGGGCGGGAAGUGUUUAAGAAGCCGGUCGAGUUUACGAGGGAGAUGUCGGCUUUGAGGCCCGAGACUAGUGUGUAGGAAUUCAUGUGUUAUGUAGCUUAGGUAUCUAGGUAUGCUGCUGGACAGCUUGUACGCCUAGGUAUGCUGCUGGACAGCUUGUAUGUCUAGG